CAUAGAUGGUACAGUCCGCAUGCAGUUCGGAGUUGUUGCUGAGGAGGUUCCACUGUUCCGCACAUACUGUUAGAUUGGCAUGCAUCCUACGCUUUGGUCCUGUGGUCGAAGGCUCCACGGCUUUUGAAAAUGUUACCGUCUUCUCAAAGGAGUUACUUCAGACAGCAGAGGAAGGUUGCAUUAUUCCUCCUUUUGUUCAGUAUUACAGGUGUGUGGUGCAGCCAGGUGGUGGUGCCUAAAAGAGUGAGUGCCGUGCUGGGGAAGAAUGUGACAUUAGAAUGCAGGGUGGAGGUUGGCACAAACCUUACUCUUACUCAGAGUUCCUGGGAGCGCCGUCUGCCUUCAGGCUCUGUCACAGUGGCUGUGUACAACCCGGAGUUUGGCACCUCCAUCCCUCCAGAAUUCAUCCAUCGUUUGUAUUUCCGCUCACCCUCCUCCCAUGAUGCCACCAUCGUACUGGAAAACGUGGGCUUUGCUGAUGUCGGGAUCUAUACCUGUAAGGUAGCCACAUUUCCUCUGGGAAAUACUCAAGCAUCCACCACAGUCAGUGUACUUGUGGAGCCGAAGGUUUACGUGUCUGCUGGUUCAACUGCACUGAUUGAUGGUGGCAAUGAAACUGUGGUCGCUACUUGCAUCGCUGAGCGAGCCAGACCACCUGCUGAAGUGUCCUGGGAGUCCAACCUUUUUGGCCAGUCAGAGGUGCAGCUAUUUGAUGAACCCAAUGGUACUACCAGCACACAAGUGCGUUACAUCUGGCAGCCUACACGUCAUGUUCAGGGCAACACACUCACUUGCGUGGUCCGCCACCCAGCUCUGCAGAAUGACUUCAGGAUCCCCUACCAGCUCAAUGUGCAGUUUGCUCCUGAUAUCUCCGUCGUUGGGUAUGAUGGAGACUGGUACGUAGGCCGGGAAAAUGUUCAAAUGACGUGCAAAGCCAACGCUAACCCGCCAGCUCAUCACUUCAGAUGGAUCAGGUUGGACAGAGAGAUGCCUGAAGGGGUGGAAAUGAUAAACAGCACUUUGCUUUUCCUGCGUCCCCUCCAGCGGAAUGACUCUGGCGUUUACAGGUGUGAGGUUGCCAAUGACAUCAACCUCCGCAGUCGGGAUGUGCGUAUUCUCAUACAAGACCAGUCUCAAGCAGAGAGGUCAAACUCCAUCACCGUGGCAGGAGCUGUGAUGGGCGCAGUCCUCGCUCUCUUCCUCAUCGUGGUCUUCAUCAUUGUGAUCCACACCGCUCGCAAAGCCCAACCACCGGCCUUCACAGACAAAGUGAUUGACCUUCCUCCGACACACAAGCCGCCUCCUCCCUACUCCGAGAGAGCACCGGCUGUUCCUCUGGGAGUCCACGCGUCACAAGUGGCCUGGCUGUGUCAGACUCGCAGGGCAGAGCACAGGCACACGGUCACGGAGAGGCAGCACCCACCCACAGCAAGGCGGGGAGCCCAAAGCCCCACCCAUCAGCGCUCCCGUCUGGAGUGGGUGUGUCAUCAGAGUGGGACAGACCAGGUGUACAUCAACCACCGUGAACACUACGUGUGAGGAACAGUUCCAAUCGCAGUCCACCAAUCACCCGGCAGUCACUCUGCCUGAGCAGCAGCGAGCUUAUAGGCUUCACCUGAUUCACAGAGCCAUCAGUCCACAGAAGGAAGCGGUUGGUAGUGUAUGAGGAAAGUGUCUCUCUAUAUGCAGGCUUUUUUUUUCUCCUUAAAACAUAAAUCCUUUCUGCUGUACGCUGGCUGUCACCCGUAGACUGUACAAAGAAGAUGGACAUUGUCAUGUUAGCUCCUUUAAACCAAAUCUCACAGUUGCAGGCAGAUCUGAAUAUAAAGCUGAGGGACACUGCAAGCUCAUACAGUAGAAACCUGUCAGUCACAAAGUAGGCUCACAUUAAAGCGUUUAUUUUUCAUACAAAUGGGGACUAAAAUUUACACAAACAACGUUAUUUAGUAUCAUCAUAGAUUGAAAAGUAGAGCCUAAAAACUCAUCAGAUAAGUGUUCACUGAGGGCUCAGCAGCUGCUUUCCCAUAGACUUUUAUGAAACCGGAUUUCUUUUGAAAUCACAGGCGACGCUUUCUUGCUAGCUGUUAAAAAGCAUUUUUAACCCUGGCGUC